GGAUUAAGGGUGUGCGUUGGGGGCACAGGCUGUCCUGCCACCAGCAGAGCCUGAGGGCCUCUGGGAAGGGCAAGCAGAGGGGCCAGCACUGGCCCCCUCUGCUUCACUUGGUCGCCCCGACUGGCUCCAAACCUCCAAGACUGGGUUUAUGGGUGUUUAGUCACAAUUCUGGAGGCCAAGACGAGAUGGUGUCUGUGAGGGGGGUCUUCAGGUCAGCCACCUGAACAGCAGGGAGAUACAUCCCCUUAUGACUGAAAGAGAAAGUGAAACAAAAAGAUGCAGAAGCCAGAGCUCUCAGAAAGAAAGAAAAUGGAAGAGAAUCCUAGCAUGGAUCUGUCUGGAGCUGGGCAAGCCCAAGGUGAGGUGAAAAGCACAGCAGAGAUUCCUGUGCACCAAGAGGCUACCCAAGAAACGUGUGAGAACCAAGUGACAAGCAGAUCCUGUGAGACCACCUCCAAACCAGAGGAGGACUCUUUGGUGUAUAAAACACCAACUGCCGGUGAAGGAAAAAAAACAAUGUUGAAUUCAGAUGGCUCCACAGUAGGGAAAAAGGUUCCUCAGAAAACUGAAGAAUUAGAGGAAGAAUCAGGGAAGACAGGAGAUGGUGUCUCAGAAACAUCCCAGAAAGACAAUGGCUUGGAUACAGUAGAGAAGGAUCCCGAGGACCCUAAAGUACCACAGGAAAAAUCUGGGAAGACAGGAGAUGGUGUCUCAGAAACAUCCCAGAAAGACAACGGCUUGGAUACAGCAGAGAAGAAGGAUCCCGAGGACCCUAAAGUACCACAGGAAAAAUCUGGGAAGACAGGAGAUGGUGUCUCUGGGCAAGCCCAAGGUGAGGUGAAAAGCACAGCAGAGAUUCCUGUGCACCAAGAGGCUACCCAAGAAACGUGUGAGAACCAAGUGACAAGCAGAUCCUGUGAGACCACCUCCAAACCAGAGGAGGACUCUUUGGUGUAUAAAACACCAACUGCCGGUGAAGGAAAAAAAACAAUGUUGAAUUCAGAUGGCUCCACAGUAGGGAAAAAGGUUCCUCAGAAAACUGAAGAAUUAGAGGAAGAAUCAGGGAAGACAGGAGAUGGUGUCUCAGAAACAUCCCAGAAAGACAAUGGCUUGGAUACAGUAGAGAAGGAUCCCGAGGACCCUAAAGUACCACAGGAAAAAUCUGGGAAGACAGGAGAUGGUGUCUCAGAAACAUCCCAGAAAGACAACGGCUUGGAUACAGUAGAGAAGAAGGAUCCCGAGGACCCUAAAGUACCACAGGAAAAAUCUGGGAAGACAGGAGAUGGUGUCUCAGAAAGAUCCCAGAAAGAAGACAACUUGGAAACAGUAGAGGAGAACGUUCCUCAGGAACCAAAAGUAUCACAGGAAGAAUCUGGGAAGACAGGAGAAGGUGUCUCAGAAAGAUCCCAGAAAGAAGACAACUUGGAAACAGAGAAGAAGGAUCCCGAGGAACCUAAAGUAUCACGGGAAGAAUCUGGGAAGACAGGAGAAGGUGUCUCAGACAGAUCCCAGAAAGAAGACAACUUGGAUACAGUAGAGGAGAACGUUCCUCAGGAACCAAAAGUAUCACGGGAAGAAUCUGGGAAGACAGGAGAAGGUGUCUCAGAAAGAUCCCAGAAAGAAGACAACUUGGAAACAGAGAAGAAGGAUCCCGAGGAACCUAAAGUAUCACGGGAAGAAUCUGGGAAGACAGGAGAAGGUGUCUCAGACAGAUCCCAGAAAGAAGACAACUUGGAUACAGCAGAGAAGAAGGAUCCCGAGGACCCUAAAGUACCACAGGAAGAAUGUGGGAAGACAGGAGAUGGUGUCUCAGAAACAUCCCAGAAAGACAAUGGCUUGGAUACAGCCUGGCUGGCCCAUGAUAAAACAGACAGCAAAGGAGACAGCCCUGUGAACCAGGAAACUCAGGAGGACCAGGAGACAAGCAAGCAAUGUGAAAGCUCCUACACAUCAGAGGACAAUGCUACAUCAAGAAGCAAAUCACUGAGCUCUGACAGUAAAAUUACACAUUUAGAUGUGACGGCCACAGUAGAUGUCACCAAGGGCCUCCUGGCAGAGAAGAGCACUAGUUCCCCUCCCCAAGAUCAGGAGCCAGAAGAGCACAUAGAGCAAGAAACACAGGACAGCAUAUCCCAAGGCAUGUUGAGGAACAGAUAUGGGACCAAAGGGCACGCAGCCCCAGGGCCAGAGGCUCCGUCCUGCUUGCACAACGUCACCACCCAAAACACAGGCCAGGAGAAGGCCAAAUGGUCCCUCUUGGGGAAAGGUGAGGAAAAGAAGCUUCCCUUGUGCAUUACUCUUCGACCAGAAGGCACUAAUACUCCAGGAACAAGGCUUUUCUUCAUAGGCUUCGUAUUGUUCUGCUGCUUCUGCUUCUUCGCCCUGACCUCCAAUGUGCAGCAAGACCCCAGGAACCUCACAGUGAAGGCCUUUGUGUCCCAGUUCAACCACCUGCAGGACAGGUUUCCGGGUCAGAGUCCUCACUUGUGGCUUCGUGGGCGCAAGUUCCUGCAGAAGCACCUCAAUGCAUCCCACCACACGCAGCCAGCCAUCAUCAUCUUCACAGCUGCCCGCAAGGGUGAGCGGACCUUGCAAUGCCUUAGCACCCGUGUGGCUGACGCCUACUCAGCUGCCCUGCAUGCCAGCACGGUCCAGAUCAAUGGCACAGAGAAAUCCGGGCUCCAGAGCGACCAGGCCAAGCAGGAGGUGGACUCAGAGCUCAGCUUGGCUUUCCAGGCCGGGAGCCGUGCUGCGGUGAUACACCACUUUGAGAUGCUGCCAGCAGGGGCCACCCUCAUCUUCUACAAAUAUUGUGACCAUGAAAGUGCGGCUUUCAAGGACGUGGCCUUACUGCUGACCGUGCUGUUGGACGAGGAGGUGCUGGAGACCCACAUCAGCCUCCAGCAGGUGGAAGAGAAGGUCCGUGACUUCCUCUGGGCCAAGUUCACCAACACUAGGACCCCCAGCUCCUACGACCACAUGGACUCCGACAAGCUGAGUGGGCUGUGGAGCCGCAUUUCCCACCUGGUCCUACCCAUACACCCAGUGCAGACCAUUGAAAAGGGGGGCUGCCAAGUCCACACCCAACCAUAGGGGCAAAGGCUGCCAGAGCCUUGGGAAGGGUUGGAAGGACAAUCUCGGCUGACUUCGGUGCAGGCAGAGGUGCAACCAGUGCUAUUUCUCUUCAAUUUGUUUCCCCUACCUUCCUGGGAAGAGUUUGACAGGUGCCACUUGGCCAGCUGAGUCUUGGAGGUGAUAGAUCACCCACCUCCUUCUGGCAUUUGAUCUGGCAGAUGGGAAGAGUGGGUAUUUUAGACUGCUAAUUGCACAGGAGAACAUCAUUGUGUGAGGAGGCAAAAGGGAAAACAGGACUUUGCAGGUAGUAUUUUUAUCAGGAAAUACACAAACAACAUACACAACUAGUACGCCAGAAAGAUACUUCAGUUCAGUAGCUCUUUCAUUUCUCCCUUUCCCUCAGUUUGCUAAUGUUUUAUACAUCAGCCUCACAAUGUACUUUGUCUGGAAGGUUCCUUUCUCUUUGCAGAGAGCAACUAGAACACAGGAAGGUCAAAUUCCCCCAAGCCCAACAUUUUGAAGGCAUGCUUCAAAAAGAACACCAGCUUGCUAGUCAAGGGUUUGACCAGUCAGUCCUGAUAGAGUCCCACUUGCAGACUGAUUGACACCCAGCAAAGACCAGAUCCUAAAUAUAGGAUGUUCAAACAAACCUGCAAUUCAGAAAUCCUGUAAACAUCAAUUACAAGAAAUUUCAGGUUGUCAGCACUCUGCACUAAAGGAGGGGAUCCCAUAUGCCAGAAAAUAAGCUCCAAAGACAGAGAGCAAUGAAACAGAAACCACCUUACUGUCACUCAGAUCGUGUGAAGCCUCAAGGUAUUGCACAGGUAAAAGAAUGAGUAAUACAGUUUAACUUAAUGCUGCUCUUUAAAAAGAAGUCCACUCGAUCCCUUUGCCACCACAAGGCUACGACCAACUCUUUGGUCUGAUGCAUCAGCUUUGGUCAUACACAAUAGAUUGCUCUUCCACUGGAUUGCUGAUCUGUGCCUAGGGCAGGGAACAGCCUGCUUGCCUCUUCCCAGCUAACUUUUAUUGGUGAAUGUAGAUGUUAAUAUUGAUAUUUAUUUCAAACUACAUAAGGUAACACACCAGGUCCUUGCUCUCCAAAGGUGCCUUCCUGCUGGACCGCUGCUGCUCCGGGCAUAUGCCAGGGCAACUAGGAACAGAGCUGGGAUUAACUGGUAAAGAGAAAAUCCCUGGCGUUAACACUAAAAAUCCUCAACGAAGCAGGCUGGUUUCUUACUGUGCCUCUUCUGCAAUCCAGGAAGGGAAAUCCAAGUCCUGGAAACACCGUGGUGCACCUGCACACUGCAUUUCUGCAGGUGCUCUGGGGCAGAGCGGCCAACUCAGGGAACACCUGGGGGGUAGGUGCAGGUGUUUACAGAAUUUAUAAUAACAGAAUUUAUAAUAAACACCUGGGCAGCCCCAGGUGCCAGCCCCUUGUGCCUACGGUGCUGUCUACUGGAGAAGGAGCAGCUGUAGCACAGCAUGGCUUAUUUCCACAUAAGCAGCACAGACUGGGGUGCUGCAGAGUCAGGCUCUGUGUCUGAACAAGACACAAAUCAAGAACACUACGGUGUUUUUACAAGCAGCACAUCUGAGUGCUCCUUACACCAAACGGACCCUGGCGUUGGCCGGGUCUCCUGCCAAUGAUGCCUUGCUGAUCUGCCCCACCGAUGGCUCAGCCGAGCCACAGCCAUGCACCCUAAAACCCCAGACUGUCUCUUCUUCCCUCCUGCUGCGUGCCUUGUCCUGUCUCAGGAGAUUUGUGGCCAUUAACUUUGAGGAGGGGAAAAAAAUGAAGGAACAGGAGGGGGUUAUUUGGUAGUAUUCUAACCAAAGAACAGAUAAAAAUGGUUGGUUUGGGACAUGAAGACAAGACCACGGGAGUUUUAACCAUGACAAACACUGGGCUAGAUUGAGAAUUAGCUGCUGGAGCUCAGCAUCAGCAGGGCAGCCCAGGGCAUGGUUUUGUACACGACACAGGUUGCUUCCUCCUCUCCAUCCUUUUUAUUGCUAUACACUACUUUGGUAACAGAAAACACUGUUUCUGCUCUGCACGGUUCAGUAUGGGUGUUGAUGUAAGAGCUGGCAAAGCAUUAAUCAUGAUAUGUCAAUAUCUUGAGGGAAACCUGUAUUUUAACGUUAUCUCAUGUUCAGUUUUAUGUACUGUGUUUGUAAUGCAUAGCCAAGGUAUGCAAUGGCAACUUUAUGCUGCUUGGGCACAUUGCUGUAAGCAUCAUCCACCCAGGCUGUUCUAAAACAGAGAUAUUUUUAUGACCUUUUAAAGAGAAUAUAACUGCUUGCUUCUGAAACAAGACUUCUAUUUAAAAAUAAAUAAUAAGAUUGUGAAAGAAACAA